AGAAGGGAAAUGAAAUUGGAUUCCCAAUCAUACGCUGUCUUCAUCCACAGGUUGCCAAUCAAUGCCAAUGCAUGCCAAUUGCAGAUGGCGCGUGAAAUGGGAUUCUUCUUCUUCUUCUCUCAACCUCUGAAUCGGAUCAUAUUUCUGUAUUCUCUGGAUCGUUAAUCUUACAGAGGAAGAUGUUGUAAUUGCUCUCUAAUGAAAUAAUUCAACUGGGCCUCUCAUUUUUUGAUCUUUUUGGUUCUCUCGAUGGUUUUCAGCUUCCGGGUCCCAUAAAAAACUUCUCUGUUCCAAAUUAACUCCCAUUUAAACUCUCGCUUUCCCCAACUCUUUGUCCGUUUAACUUGAAUUUCUUCGCUCAAAAUCGUAGCCUGGGCGAUUUCGUUUUGACCCUUUAUUGUGAUCAUUCUUCUGGUUCUGCAACUUCGCGGGUGCUGGCUGAAUCUCGGCCUCAGGGGUCAACCAUCGCUGUAUCCCAAUGGAGAAAGAGCCUCUUCUUCCGUAUCAGAGCCCAAGAGCGAAACUGCCACCACCGAUUCCUCUAUUAUGUCCGCUCCCUGAAAAUGACGAAAUUACUCUGCCUCUCACGCCCACGGAGUUCAAAGACCGCUUGAUUUUUGGACCUUCAUCUUCUCCGCAGGACGCUUCUCCCAUAUUCGACGCCUUGACGCUUUCUCUGUCCUCCUCAAGAUCCUCUCCUUCAUCUUCUCUAUAUGACCCAUCAACCCCUCUGGACCCUAAAUCCCAAUCCCAGUCCCAACAGGCUUGGCUUGUGGAUUCCAAUUACGCAUGGCCCAAAACCAACCUCCACCGCUCCAAAACCGCACCUGCCAUGGCGGUCAUCAACGAUGUCAACCAUUCGCAGGAGCGCAAGCCUCAAUUUGGUAACCAAUCUAUUAUCCGCCAAGCUGUUGUUCUUCUAAUUAUUUACCUGUCCUUGGGCGUGCUCAUCUAUUGGAUUAAUCUUGACAAUUUUACGGCUCACGAGACUCAUCCUGUGGUCGAUGCAUUGUACUUUUGCAUUGUGACAAUGUGCACCAUUGGGUAUGGAGAUAUUACGCCAAAUAGUACGGCGACGAAGCUGUUCUCGGUACUGUUCGUGUUGGUGGGAUUUGGGUUUAUUGAUAUAUUGCUCUCUGGAAUGGUCAGUUAUGUGCUUGAUUUGCAGGAGAGUUAUUUGUUAAGGAAUGUAAAGAGGGGGGUGCAGCGUGAGUCUGGAAAAUCCUAUAUAAUUGAUGUGAAGAAGGGAAGAAUGAGGAUUAGAAUGAAAGUGGCAUUGGCUUUAGGUGUUGUGAUUCUUUGUAUAGGAGUUGGGAUGGGUGUUAUGCAUUUUGUUGAGGACCUUGGGUGGCUGGAUUCGUUUUAUCUUUCGGUCAUGUCUGUGACAACGGUUGGGUAUGGUGAUCAGGCAUUUAAGUCACUGACAGGUCGUAUUUUUGCUUCAAUCUGGUUGCUUGUGUCGACCCUUGCUGUUGCUCGAGCAUUUCUUUAUUUAGCCGAGGCAAGAGUGGAUAAGCGGCAUAGGAUGAUGGCGAAAUGGAUACUUGGUCAGGAUAUGACUGUCUCUGAGUUUCUUGCUGCUGACAUUGACAACAAUGGCUUUGUGAGUAGGUCAGAAUAUGUGAUAUACAAGCUGAAGGAGAUGGGUAAGGUCUCAGAGAAGGAUGUCAUGCAGAUAUCUAAUAACUUUGACAGGCUAGACACUGGCAAAUGUGGGAAAAUUACACUGGCUGAUCUCUUGGAAAGUCAUCACUGACAUGGCGAAUAUAAAGCCAAUGAUUCCCUCGGCUUUUGGACUUGGACUCGGAAGACCACGAGUUUCAGAUCAUCAUAAAUUGAAGACAAUUUCAUCUUCUACUGGCAGAUAAGUAUAUGAAAUUGCAUAUAUCUGGGAUGUGCUGCAAAGGAAGUUAUGAAAGAGAGAGAGUUGCAUUUCCUGGAACAUUUUGUUUUUGCUCUAUUCAUCUGAUGAUUCUGUACAAAGUUUUGAUAGCAUAGGAAGUAUUCUUCUACAGGAACUAAAAGAUAAAUGUUUAAAUUUGUUGAACUGUAAUUUGUUUAUUGGUUUAUAUAUUUGUAUGUGAGCAUAUGGGAUGUUGCUCUUGAAUAUAAAUGUCCAUAGCUGCAUUUAUCUUUUUCAA